UAGACUGAUGUGAUUGUGUGUCUAUAAAAAUGGCGGGAUAUCGUCGAUAUGAAAAGUUUGUAACAAACUUUUUUAAUUUAUUUUUAUGAACAAAGUACUAUUUUUAUCAUCAAUUCAGCUGAUAAAGUUAUUAUAAACAACACAAUUAAGUAAAAUUAGUGAAAGUUCAUCGCUUAGGAUGUCGGUUGAUUCAAAGUGGCAGUUACCUGACAUUUUUUGUGUGAUGUGUUGAAUGGAUGACGGAAUUACGUUGAAUUCGCGGCUCGGGAAUGGAUAAAUAGGCUGUUAAAGUUUUUUGGGAACUUCUUUUGAGAUGCCUUUUGUGCAACGCGUGGUGGAGCCGAAGUUUCUCUCACGAACGAGUUUGCGAGAUGAAGACGGAAAGCCGAGGGUCACGGAUGAGGAACUUCAAGCGGUGACCAACUGCACUUUAAGUAACGCGCUACGUCAACUUGCCUCUCUAGUCCUUCUGGCUGAAGACAUCUUCAGUGAACUUACGUCGCAACUUGAAGGAAUAACUGAGAGGUCGAAGGUUGCGCGAACGAAGAUCGAAAAAAUUCACGAGCUUGUCGAAAAUUAUGACCCCAAGAAAGUACCAGUUCCUGAGGGCAGCCUGUCUGAUUUUGCAGCGCGCAAAGUUAAUUUCACGGCCAGUAAUCCCCUCAAAAAGGAACUAUUCACUACAGAUACAAGGCCCGCAAGCUUGCGAAGCUUGUACGAAAAGGCUACGACCGACCGUCUUUCUGCUUCUAUCCUUGACCAGCUAAGAAGAGACUCGCAACAUUCCCCGUAUCUUCUUUGCACGCCCGUUUUAAGUUCGAAGAGAAGAAAAAUAUUUAAAAAAGUAGAUGUCGACAUCGAAACUCACAUUCCAUCAGUAGUAGAACACCUAAGAAAAUGGACGUCAAGAGAAGCUAUGGGCGACGUAACAGCACUGCCAGACUCCUCUAUGCGUAUAGUUAGCAGUGUCACUCUUACGCCCGACGAGCUCUCGGAAUGCGGCUCUGGAGACGACGAACCCAUCGACCACCGGUUACCUAGCCCAGAAGAGCAGUUGCGAAUUAUCGCUUCCAAGUUCCCACCGGAAGUAGUGGCAAUAGACACGUCUGGCAAAUUCUUCGAUAGAAUGUGUAGUUCACGGAAAUCGCUCCACGUAGAGAUGAACGUUGGGGAGACAGACACGGUGAAGCGGCGGACGCGAACGAGGAAACCUCGGGGUAAAAGACGAAACACCAUUUCGGGCACUGAUCAGAAAGAGCUUAGAGAGGCUAUAGCUGGUGAUACUCCAAAUGCUGUGGCUUCUGAAGAAAUGGAAGAUAGCACUGUUAUCAGAUCCCGAUCAAGCGAUUUACUUAAGAAGAGUCCAACAGACCUAAAUAAUAAGAAAAGUCAUUUUAAUAGUUUGAAACAAUGGGGUAAAAACAGAUUAAAAAUGAUUGGUAGAUCGCCUAGUGCUAGUAGAGACAGUUUCAAAGACUCUAAACUCGAUAAAUCUAAAGAAUUUAAAUCACCUGUAAGGAAUGAAGACAAUGAAAUUUUAGAAAAUGUAACUUUGCGUAUUAAACGACCUGAAGAGGAAGAAAGGCGAACAAAUCUAAGAUGUGCCUCGUACUCAUCUUCGGAAAAAAGUAUCGGAGUACCGAUGAAUGUUCAAACAACAGCAACUGUCAGCAGUGGAGUAAGAUUAAGAGGGACAUCGACACAACGAAGAUCUAGACGAUCAGGCAUUGGGAAAGACGAACCACAUUCAUCUAGUGGCAAUUGGUCCGCAAGUUCCGAAUCUGGAAGAACGAGCAUAGGCUCCGAAAUCACAACAACAACUGUACCACCGAAAAGCACAUCUGCUACAACAUCUAACAAUUCUCUCAACUAUCAUAACUUUCCACCCAGUUCCAUAAUAAGUAGAAGAAAAUUCCUUAAUACUUCUGGUUCGGGAAGUGUUACAAGUGAGGGUACCCUUACACCGGAUAUUAUUCAUGACUUACACGAGGACUUAGAAACAAGUUCAGAAUUUUCUUGUGAUACAGAGGGUUAUUAUACUUCUUUUCAUAUGGAUUCAGGACUUAAAACAUUAAAAGAAGAAGAAAUUUCUCCAAGUACUCCUCUUCACACAACAACUGCUCUUUCAAACUCUUCUAAUAGUCAAAACUUAACAGCUGAAAAUGAAUACGAACUAUUUGGCAAAGGCUCUACAAGUACAACAACCAGUUCAGCUGGUACUGUAUGCACAACAUUAAUGGCAGCUGAAAGUGAUAAAUCUUUAAUUAUAGGCCCAACCGUACCUGAAAGAAAGAGCUCUUUAACAAAAAUUAACCGUAGUCGAGGAAAUAAUAACAUCAGUGCAAGCUUAGACCGAAGCAAUACGACUGUGUUUUCUAAAACUCCAUUUAGCAGCUUACGAUACAACACAAUGCGUUCUUUUAAUGAAAAAUCAAUGUCUAAUCAUUCCUCGCCUGAAGUACAGUCACCGCCAUCUUCGACUGUAACAAUUACAAAAAAUAUUGGCAUUCAGAGAGAAAUCACAGCAGUUGUAGAGGUACAUACUGAAACAGAUAUGGAAAGUACAAAGAAAAGUACAGGAACAAGUUCACCAGAUUCUGGACAUAAUACCUCUAGUUCACCAAUAGAAGAUUCUGUAUCAAGUGCUCAAGGAAAAAAUAGCCUCUCCGAACAAGAUUACUCUGAAUCAUCAGAUCUUGAAGGAACAGAUAGAAUUGAAAGAAUAAGAUUCAAAACAACUAUAAACAGUUCUAGGAUUCCAUCGAUGUGUGUUAUAACGCCAACUAACUCAGACGAUGAAAGUGAAACUAGCAGUAAAUGUCCAGAUAAGAACGGAAGACAAGAAAUAGGAAAAUCUUCCAGUAGACCAAAAUUAGAUUUACCCAAUGAAGGAAAACAAAAGGACAUUCGAUCAAUUGAUGAAGGAAAACCAUGUAGACCCCAAAAUCAACUAAAAUCUCUUCAUACUUUUAAUAAUUUUAUGUGUCGAUUAAAGGGGGUUUUGCCGAAUAAACUUUCAAACAAAAUCACAAAGUCACCAAUUGCUAAAGAUGUUCAUGCCUUGGAAGAUUUCUACGAUUCCGGCGAUUAUGUAACAAUUGCAGACGUAAAAAAUAAUAAUCAAAAACUCAGCAUAAAUCGAGGCCCUUAUGCAAACAACGAUAUUGUUAAAAAGAAUUUACAAGCCGUUUUAUCUGGAAAAUUACCCGAAACGGAGUAUGUUUCCCUAAAUGAACUCCCAAAUUGUUUAAAUGAAACUAAAGAUUAUUUAGAAAAUAGCUUAGAAGAUAAACAGUCCCAAGUAUUAAAUGAAAUACAAAAGAAAGGCGCAAAAGUAACUCUUGAUUCUCAAGGUCAAGUAAUUUACUCUUCAGAUACUUUAAAACGAAGAAAUGGUGCUCACACGACAUUUGAACCAGGUCCAUUUGUUCAAGAAAUAUGCCCUACAACUACAAUUAUCCAAAGAGAAAGUGCAGAUGUAGUAAAAAUCGCAGACGAAACAGAUUUUCCAUAUCAAUCACCGCCGCCAUUAAGCAAACCAACGUCACCGCAACUAGGAAAAAUGAUUAUUAAGGCACCAAUAGAUCCUCAUGGUACUGUAACUACGGAAUAUGUGACAUUACCUCCUCCUAAGCCAAGUACAAUAAUUUCAGCUACUCCUGUUACUUUUUCACAAAUUUCAACUAACAAUAAAUUAAAUAAUGGUAAUAAGACAACUAAAAAUCUACCACGAGUAGUCGAAGCUAUAACAAGAACUGGUGCAUAUAUAAAUAUACAUGAUGCAGAGGGUGUCAGCUUAUCUCCAACGAAAGAUGAUACCACAGACUAUCGAAAAUCUAAUGCUGGCACACCAUCCAAAUAUCAAUUUCGAGACCAAGAUAUAUCUCCCACUGUCGACUUAAACCCUUUCUAUCCAACCAUGCAUCAGUACCAUACGGCACACCUUCGUGGCAAACAUGGUGUUGUUAUUUAUGAAAAUGAAAAUGCUAGCGUUCAAAAUAAAUUUUGGACAUUACCAAAAAGUACAUCGACUAUAUCAGCUGAAAGAACAAUCGUUAUGGAUCAAAGGUCAUUAAAUAGUCCAAAUAAUGCGUCUACAGAUUCACAAUCAGAUAAUCGACAACUUGCGCCUCGCAUUGAACAAUCCAUAAAGAUAUCACCAAUAGAUCCUCGAACAUCAGCAACAUUCAAAUCAUCUACUCCAACGAAUAAAGAGAAUGUAGUAAAUAUAACUUCCAAGCUUCUUUCUCCUGUUAAAUCGACGAUGACAAAUGAAGAACUUUAUGCAGUCAUACAUAAAAGUAAGAAGAAGCUCAAUAUUAAGGAAACAUCAGAAAUAGCCGAUUCACCUUUCCUUAACACAAUCAACUUAUCACCAGUAAGUUCUGAGGCAUCAUUCUUUCAUAAAGGCAGUCAACGCUAUCCAGAAACUGGCUACAUAGGAGACUAUAAAACUCGGUCCAAUAUAAAUCUAGAUAAACAAAACACAGGGGCUUACCCUUUAGGAACCUUUAAUACACAUAAACAAGAAUCUUGUGCAGAUAGAUACGGCCCACUGCAACAAACAUCAAGAUUAGAUUUUAAAAAAUUACUUUUACAGCACAGUGUGAAAUUGAAUACAAUAAAUGUUCAGAAUAAGUCAAAUAAGCUUUCCGCCGUCGAGCAACUGAAACUUUCAAAAGAAAAAAUACAAAUUCCCAUGACACCACCAGGAAAUAGGUCACAAAUUAAUAUUCUUGAUCUAAGCGGUUCUCCGAAAACUUAUAGCCACAGAAAGAUUAUAAAAUCUAACAACCAACCACUAUCACCAGGUAGGACAAAUAGCUUAUUAAAAGAUCACAAAAAUACGGCAAAAAUUCUUUUAUCUCCAAAAUCGCAAUGGCGAUUCUCAAGUCCGAGAUCUGAUGUCCUUUCCACGCCCAUACCUGAAGCAAACAAUGAAGAUGAAAAUUCGAAUAGCUCAGGAGAGAAAUCUGAAACGUCUCCAAUAAACCCACCGUCAAAAACAGUUCCUAUUUUAACUAAUCAACAUUUUGGAGCUCGGAGGUCCUUGAUACCGAUAAAUGAGCAUAAAUUAAAUAAAGAGCAUAGCUUAAAUAUUUCUAUAAAUCAAGGCGUCUUUCCAAUCGACAAUGAUUAUACCAAUUCACAUACUUUAUCUAGAUCGGAAAUAAUGCAAGCCAAACGUGCGGAAUUCUUUAAAAGUGCUCCAGAAAAACCUUUACCACAAUUGACAUCCUUUAAAAGCUUAAAUUCUGGUACGGCUUUAAGAAAUAAUACUUCACCUGAUAGGGAAAAAACUUCGCCUUCAACGUUGGAGACAGCCUUAUGAUAAUUAUAAGUUACUGUAUUGAAGAGGUGCUUAUUGCCAUUUGUUCAUUUGUAAAUAUGGAAAUGAAAUAAUAAAAGAAGCUUUAAUCUAGUCUGUUCUUGCUUAGUGUGCCAUUGAUAUGGUAUUAUUAAUGUACAUCCAGUGUUCAAUCUACUUAUCGACGAUAUUUUGUUUUCUAUCCUUUUUUUAAAUAGCUCUUUUGGGGCCAAUCUUAGUUUAUAAAAUUAAGAUAUUAUUGUAAGCAUAAUUACAAAAUAAUCCGUAAGUAUUUAUUGUGUAAACGUACUAUGUAAUUAAUUUUGAGUUUUGGGUUUUUAAGUUAUUAAAAAAUUUAAUUAAACGUUUUGAACAUA